AUGUACGGCAAAGAAAGGGAGCCGAUCUGUUUUGUGUGCGCUUCAAUAUUCGACAAGAAACUGCUUGAAAGGGGACGCCACUCAUUCGUACCUCCUGUAAAAUUCAAAUGCGCUGGUCGUGAUUGCGAAAAGGAACUUACCUUCCGCCAGCUCGUCGACGGACAGUGCUGCCCUGAGACUGCGUUUGUUUUGUCUUUAGAAAGCUCUGCACACGUGAACACCUUAUUCCAAUGCUUGAAGAAUCAAGCCGACAAGUGCAAAAAAGAUGUUCAUCGGGCGCGAUCCACCUUUGGUCGCACAAAAAAAGUCCUGGAAGAAGCAAUACAGGCUCAUGAAAAGUCCACACAAAAAUUCGAGAAGGCUGAAGCAGCGUUCAAGACAAAGCAGCAACAAGAAAAAGAAUUAUUUUCACUCAUUUCCAAUAGAAACAGAGCGAUCAAACUGAGUGCAGCGUCCGAGAACGAGCAAAAGCCCGGAUGCCAAGUCUGCAUGGAAAACUACAACAACGACGAACGAUUUGAAUGUGCUCUUCCGUGUGGCCAUCGAUCUUGCAUGAAGUGCUUGACACAUUUGUCAAUCACUUGCCGAUCACUAUGCCCUACUUGCCAACAGCCAUUCUCAAAGGAUCAGAUCAUCAAGCUCUACUGA